AGAGAGCGAGAGAGGGAGAGAGUGUAGGAGUGAGGAUGAGAGAGUGCAACAGCGUGCUGGGGUAGAUGAGCCAAGCUCACACAUCCACUGACACACACCACAGAGUGAAGAGAGAGUGAAAAGAGAGGGAGAGAGAGAGAAAGGAGAGUGUGCGUUUGAUUAUGAGUAUGAGAGAAGAGGGGAUAGAGAUAGAAAGCAGAAAAAGAAGGACAGUGAAUGAAAGUGGGGGGACUGCUUCUAUUUGCCUGUGCAUUCUCAUUUUCUUGGCGCUCUUGACAGCUCACGUGGAUGAGGAAACGAGACUCUGAAUGUUUACACCUCCUCUGUUUAAUGCUCCUCUCCAGGGGCAACUCUGGACACUUCAGGGAAUUCUGGGAAUUAACCGUACGGGACCCUCAAGGACCUUAUCAAUAUGUAGUCUCUGACACAAGUAUCUGUAGAUCAUCUGUGAAUUGGUGAGGCGGCUGGGAGAACGGGUACCUGCUGCAAGUCUCCGUCCAUAGAGGGUGCUGGGGGAAUGGAGCUGAGGGGGAUUUUGCUUUUGAGGCACUGCAUGGUUCACACAAGCUCUGGUCCAAACCUUCAAUGGACAGUUGCCAAGCCAGGAGCCAUGGCUAAAGGACUCAUCAUUUACCCAUUGAAUAGGUCAACCAGCCUUUGAAUAGAGCUACUGAAUCUACUCAUACACUGGAAAACACCACUAUUUUCAUGCACAAGCAGAAUGGAUUCACAGUAACUAAUGACUAUACGCUUGUUUUCGAUCACUGAUCCAUAGAGUGCCACGGAUUUUACAAUUCAUCAUAGCAAUGGUAAAAAUGGAUCGAAAGGUCACUGUUAACAAGGGGUCUUGGAAGUGACCCUUCCACACUAACACACUGCUGACCUCACCAUUUCUUUGACCUUGGUUCACUUGGUGGAGGGGUAUGUAAAUCAACAGCAAAUCAAUGAUCAUUUAUCAUCAAUGUUGGUCUAUAAAAUCUUAAUUAUGGGAAUACAGCGCAGCCAACAGGAAGGCACCUUGAGAUGGAGCAGGGCUAUUCAAAGUCUAUGAAAGAAGAGCUAAGGCUUUAAUGGAGGCUGCAAUUUUUGUGCCGUAGAGUGGAUGUAAAAAUAAAUCAGCAUCGAAUCUGUGAGAUUACACUGCACAUUCAAAAUUUUCUCUCUCAUCUGAGUUCCUCUGUUAGUUCUUUGCUUUGCCCAACUCUAAAGAAGUGAGACAGGAGUAGGAUUAGAAGAACUAGACCAAUUUUAUCCACAAUCCAUUCAUCCAGCCAUUCCACUGUUACCUAAGCAAACAAAGUGAGAUGGGUAGGUGGACACUGGUUACAUCCCUGCUAAACCCAAGGGCUAGCCUAAGUUCGAGAAACUAAAAGAGAACUCCUGCUGAAGCUGUCUUGGAGACCAGGAGGUGUGACUUCUCUGGUGGAUCACAAGGAUUACAAGGUGCAAAACACUUCCUUGAAAAGCCAUGCUUGGGUUUGAUGGUCGACUUGGAUUCCACCCAGACUCGUCUGGGCCAACCACAGACUGCGGAGACUGAGAGAAGACAGAGCUCAGGAGAGGGGAUAAUGCACAAGCCUAUCCCCUCGGCACAAGAGGAAGAAGGCACCAUGAGCAACGUCACAGUCUUGGACAUCACAGAGUCCGCAAGCCCAGGCAUGGCAGGGGAUGAGCCGCACCCGUAUCCCCUCAGCUUCCAGGUGUCACUCACUGGCUUCCUCAUGCUGGAGAUUGUGCUAGGGCUGAGCAGUAACCUGACCGUGCUGGCGCUCUACUGCACCAAGUCGAAUCUGGUCAGCUCAGUCAGCAAUCUGGUCACCAUGAACCUGCAUGUGUUGGACGUGCUGGUUUGCGUGUGCUGCAUCCCGCUGACUAUCGUGGUGCUGCUGCUAUCACUGCAGGGUGACACUGUGCUUGUCUGCUGCUUCCAUGAGGCCUGUGUGUCCUUCGCAAGUGUGGCCACGGCUGCCAACGUACUGGCCAUCACACUAGAUCGCUACGACAUCUCUGUCAAGCCAGCCAACCGUGUGUUGACCAUGGGCCGUGCUGCCGCAUUGCUGGGGGCUAUCUGGGUCCUCUCCUUUCUCAGCUUCCUCGUUCCCUUUGUGGAGGUUGGCUUCCUAGGGCCGGAGCCCACUGUAGCCAACCAGACAGCCGUGGCACACGUGAAUGAAUAUUACACAGAGCUGGGCCUCUAUUACCACCUGGUGGCCCAAAUCCCCAUCUUCUGCUUCACAGCUGUGGUCAUGUUGGUCACCUACUCCAAAAUCCUGCAGGCGCUCAACAUCCGCAUCGGCACACGCUUCCACCAUGGCUCACAGAAGAAGAAGAGGAAGAAAAAGAAGACAAAUGCAUCAACACGAUGGAAAAAGGACAUGUCACUUAUGGCCGCCUCUCCGCAGCAGCUGCCUGAAACGGCAGACGGGUCACAGAGCAGUGCGGGAACCCGGGGUACAGCGCCAUUGGGCAUGCGCACAUCAGUGUCUGUAAUAAUCGCCCUGAGACGCGCAGUCAAGCGGCACCGGGAGCGGCGUGAGAGGCAGAAGCGCGUCUUCCGCAUGUCCCUGCUCAUCAUCUCCACUUUCCUGCUGUGCUGGACGCCCAUCACCGUGCUGAACAGCAUCAUCCUGAGCACGGGGCCCAGCGACCUCACCGUCAAGCUGCGCCUGGGCCUUCUGGUCAUGGCCUAUGGCACCACAGUCUUCCACCCGCUGCUCUAUGCCUUCACACGGCAGAAGUUCCAGAAGGUCCUCAAGAGCAAGAUGAAAAAGCGGGUGGUGUCCAUAAUCGAGGCAGAGCCACUGCCCACUAAUUCAGUAAUAAAGAAUUCCUGGAUCGACCCGAAGAGGAACAAAAAAGUGACAUUCGAGGAUCAGGAGGCAAGACAAAAGUGUCUGUCCUCUGAAGACGUUGACUAGGAACUUCUUAUAAAGCGUAGACAAUGACAUAUACUUGUAGCCUCAAAAACUCAAGUCUUCAUUCUUUCGUAGAGGGACGAGCCUGCUUCAAGGUUGUGAUGUAGACAGAAGUGUAUUAGAUGUGCAUAUGACGUUCAAUAUCCGUUUAUUACUAUUUAUAUGGACUUCAGAUUUAGUACAAUAGGAUGACAUUCACUGUGCUAAAAAGAAAACACUGCAUGUUUUUGUAAUACUGUAAAUAAGUCAGUAUUGGAGAUGUGUAUAUAAUCUAUAAGAAAUACUCUACGUACCGAUAAUAGAAUCUAUAGGCUGGAUAUACAUGUAUUUGUAAUAAAUUAGGCCAAAGGAAACGUCUUGGGAGUUACAACACGGAUAAAGUCGCUUCUCUGUCCACCGGAAAGCAGUUCACCUUUGACCCUAGCUGAUGUUUUAUUUAACAUCCCGUUUUUCCUCCUGUCGAGCCAUUAUACAGCAGCGUGAGCCAAGGGGUCAUCAUGCUGUGGGACUGCGAAAUUCAUAAUAGAGCAGAGUUAUGGGUAGCCAAGAAACUUACAGCAGAUGCUGCUUGAAGAUUAGCAAAUUGGCAUGAUGUCUAAAGCUACUUGACCUUGGUAAACAAGGGAAAUGUCUGGUUCACUUCAACACUGCGGGACAUAAGAAAAGGCUUGAGGCUCAGUUACCCCUUUUGUCUCCACAGAUAUGCAGCCAGAUAGCUCUUCCAUUCAAAGACACUGCUGUAUUCAUUACAUAAAAUGUGUGUUUUCAUUUUAAUGAUGAAGGGCAUCCAAAAAGUCUAAUUUAGGAUAACCCUCCACAUCAAUAUUACAGUAAGCCACAUGACACUGGCCUGUCCUGCAUUUGCUCCAAGGGACACUGGUAUUGCGUCACACAGAGAAUAUCAAUGCUGAAUACGAGGUGGAGGCUCACUGUUGGCACUGUGUAACCCACAGCAUGGAUUACAGGGGGAAAAAUUCAAUAAUCAAUUCCCUUCAACAGACACAACAAGCUCUAUCCAAGAUUCUUCAAUGUCAGUUUAGUGCACACACACACACACACACACACACACAGAUGCAGACACCCAGACAAAUGCAGAUGAGAAUCUUUUUCUCUCUACCGCAGGGGGCCAUUUCCUAUUUGGAGCGCAGCUGUUUUGUGCACUGGUGUACUGCACGGCCAAUAAAAUGCCACAGCUCUU